AUGGUUCAAGUCGUUAUAGUCGGUGCGGGGAUUGUCGGAUUGACCCUGGGACAGGCGCUGGAAUCGCAAAACAUUCCCUUCAUCAUUCUGGAACGAGACGCUUCCGCAGAUGAUCGUGGACAAGGAUGGGCAAUUACGCUGCACUGGGCUUUGCCGCUUCUUAGGAAGAUGCUGCCUCAGGAACUGAUGGACCGGAUCAAGAGAUGCCGGGUCAGCUCACAAGCUGCAGGAGAUGAUGCUGAGAGUUUCAAGCUGAUCAACCUGAAAGAUUGCAGCGAGAUCCAAAAUACUCCCGUAGAGGAAAGAUGGCGCGUAAAUCGAGGCAAAUUACGCCUGGCGCUUCCAGAGGGCGUGGAUGAUAAUAUCCAGUGGGAUCAGCAUGUUGUGAACAUUGAGUACCACGGAGAUCUUGUCAAAGUCCACUGCUCAGACGGAGGAGUCCAUAUCGCCGAUUUUGCUAUCGGCGCUGAUGGUAGCGGGUCUGCCAUCAGAAAAUUUUUGUGCCCUGAGAAGCAUGCAGUAACUCCAUUACCAUACCGGAUGCUUGGGGUCGGAACCAAACUCACCAAGGAACAGGUCGCCCCCCUUCGUUCCAUCGACCAACUUCUUUUUCAAGGGUGCGAACCAGGUACAGGCAACUUUCUAUACUGCUCGCUCCUUGAGCCGCCCACGAGAGAGACUUCUUCCUGCACUGUUCAAUUCAACAUAAGCUGGCCAAAGUCUCCAAAACAAGAGGAAGUGUUCUCUGACAAUGCUUCAAGAUUGCUAGCCUUGAAAGCCCGCGCUCAAGGAUUCGCCCCUUGCCUGAGAAACGCCAUUGAGGGCAUCCCUGAGGAAACGCCAGUCUCGGAGGUCCGGACGUGUGACCCUGAUUGGAGACGCCGCUCAUCCGAUGACCGGGGUGAAGCUGGAAACUUUGGGAUGUGGGACGUGUACAAGCUUUCGGAAAAACUCAAGCGUGUGAAUGGAGGCAAGGACGAAAUUCCAAACGCCAUACAGAAAUUUGAGGAGGAGAUGAUGGAACGAGCCGCGGUCACGAUUCUAGACAGCAGGCGAGCAUGUGAAGACGCUCACAACUGGCCAGUGGACCGAAGCAGCCCGCUGGUGACAGAGAGAAAGAUGCCACAGCAAUACUUAUGA